CGGCGGCGUUGGCGGCGGUCACGUGCGGCGGAGGCAGGCCCGGCCCGCCGCACUCGGAGCCACCGCCAUGCCGCUGCCGCCGCUGCCCGGCCGCCCCCGCCUCGGGCGGGCCCCGCUCCUGCCGCUGCUGCUGCUGCUCCUGCUGCCGGGCCCGGCGCGGCCCAUCUCCUUUCAGCUGCCGGGCAAGGCGCGGAAGUGCCUGCGGGAGGAGAUCCACCGCGACACGCUGGUCACGGGCGAGUACGAGAUCAGCGCCCCGCCGGGCUCCUCCACCGGACCCUCCGCCAACCUCAAGAUAACUGACUCGGCUGGGCACAUCCUGUAUGCCAAGGAGGAUGCCACCAAGGGCAAGUUUGCCUUCACCACUGAAGACUAUGAUAUGUUUGAGGCCUGCUUUGAGAGCAAGCUUCCUGUGGGAACAGGGAGGAUGCCGGACCAGCUCGUGACUCUGGAUAUGAAGCAUGGCGUUGAAGCAAAGAACUACGAGGAGAUUGCUAAAGUGGAGAAGUUGAAACCCCUGGAAGUAGAAUUGAGGCGCUUGGAAGAUCUUUCAGAGUCCAUCGUUAACGACUUUGCCUAUAUGAAGAAACGAGAAGAGGAGAUGAGGGACACAAAUGAGUCGACAAACACCCGGGUUCUGUACUUCAGCAUUUUCUCCAUGUGCUGUCUCAUCGGACUGGCCACCUGGCAGGUUUUCUACCUGCGUCGCUUCUUCAAGGCCAAGAAGCUGAUUGAGUAAAGGAGCAAAUCUUCUUCCCCCUCCUCUCAGACCCAGCUGGACACCGCUGGACCUAGCCAUGGCCUCCUGGAGCCAUCUUACAGAUGAUACCCACUGACUGGAGCUUUUCUGGAGGAACUUGGACCCUAAAGGGGGAGGGGAGCCUGAACAUCGGAGGCAAUGGGGGACUUGUGAAAUCCUGUUGGAUGUUGAGGGUGGGGGAGGUCAUGAUGGGUUUGGGUAUUCCUGGGGCAGCGAUUAAAUAAAAAAAGAUGUUUCCAUGACAGCUGCAGCAAGUUUUUUGCGCUGUCUAUUCUCCUUUUAUAAUCAUGGCUUGAUGAUGUCUCCCAUCUGUCUGUGACUGCAGUGUUACUCAGAACCACCUGACCCUGCUGCGCUCUUUAGGUGGCAUGCAGGUCACACCGGGGCAGAGCAGGGGGAUUCCCUGUCCUCACCAGCUGGGAUCUAAGCCUCGAGCAAAUGGAGAUGAGUGCAAAGCAAUAGGAUUCGUCAUUCCAGCAGGGCCUGAGAAUAGAGGGUCUUCCAAGGUUUGGUCCCUGUUGUGGACUUCUGUGUUUCUCCCUGUGGGAGCUGGUGUCUUUGUGCUGACAGGUCAGAGCACUUGAGCAUAUGGUGAUUCAGCCUGGAGGAAGGGGAGCCUUCUAAGGCGGGCUUGGAAGUGUGUUUGAGCUUGGAAAGAGGCCUGCUUUGCUCAGAUAAGCUAUCCAGCCUUGUCCCACCCUUCCCCCACGUUUGUCUUGGAUUUGCCUCUCUUGUUUUGAAAUGGUGCAGCAGCUUUCCUGAAAACCUUGGUCAGGAACAGCCUUUUGUGCAGGAGGCCUCGGUCAGAUACAGUCACAGAGCAGAUGGGAGAAGGUCAUGCUAGGAAACUUGGUCUUACAUUGAGCAGGAGACUUCUCAUCUAUCCAUGCAGCUGGCUGAAUGUCAUCUUGAGACCUCAGAGCAAGGUGAGCUGAUGCUCACAUGAGGGCCUGAACCCUGCAUUGAGGUCUGAGGGUACAAAUAGUGCUGUGCAGGGUAGCAGAGGAGUUGGAAAAAAUGUGGAUGAAAGAAAAGGCAGUACAGGUUGGGAAUAGGCUAGCUCUACAUAUGAGGGGGCAGUCUGAACUGUGCGCUCAACAGAACUGUUAUUUUCCUGUGCAGUACUAGAUGGCAAGAGCCAGCAGCUUCUUGCCAUUUCUCAGCUGUCCAGAUGGCACUAUGUUAAAUAAAACAGGCAGGGAAAAAGCAGGUUAACUUCCUGGACUUGCUGCAGUUUUUAGGCAGUGAUUACAAUUCUGUCAUUGUCUCUGCAUUCCUUCAGAGCAAGUGGUUCAGCAGCACAACAUUCUGGUGUCCUGUGUCCAGAUACUUCUGGGUAGGGAUGGGGUUGUCAUGGCCCUGGACCCAGCCUAGCAGUUUCAAAAAAGCAUAGUUUUAUAAUUUCUGACCCGAGUCUGAUGUAUUACUAGGAAGGAAACAGUUGUCCAGGGUGAGACAAUGGAAAAGAGGAUGUAAAGAUGAUCUCCUGUCAUCUAAAUACAUUAGUUCUUUGCCAUUCCCAGGUUCCUGGAGUUGUUAGUUCCACUGCAAGUACUUUGAUUGCUUUUAAUUUGUUUGUUUUUUGAUAAAGCCAUAUUAGGAUCCUAAGUCCACUCCUCCGCCCUUGCAUCCAUUUUAUCCUUGUGUGUUUUUGAAAGCUGUUACAGUGCACAACAGCAGCAGUGCCACAGGACUGAAUUACAGAAGUCAUUUGAAGGUGGUUUUAGGUCCUACAGUUUGAAGCCUGUAGAUCUGUUAAGGUUUUGCUUUUGUUUUUAUAUAACUUGAGAAGACAGUACAAGAAAGGGGCUUUUCCAGUCCUGUCUGUUUUGAUAUCCUCUCCCCAUCCCUAUCUGAGUACAAAGUUAUCUUAAAUAUGAUGGUGAGGCCUUAAGUUCCCCAGGUGACUGUUACACUGUCAUCGUUCUGGUGUUACGUUUUGACCUUCGCUGUACUGGUGUAGUUACUGGGGAGCAGGUGCGGGGCACUGGUGUGGAUUUACCUGUAAUGACUGGUUGGGGGACUUUUGUCAGCUUUCUCAAAUAAAAUUUUUUUGGGGAAAACAACCCACCUCACCUUGUU